CGAGCUCCAGCUCCGGCUCGAGCUCCAGCUCCGGCUCCCGCCUGCCACCACCGCCGCCGCCUCUAGACUGGGAGGGCCCCGCUGGUCCCUGCGGAGCCCCCGAGCCUUGGGGCCUUGACCUGACUGCCCUGUCCCUAGCCCCCAGAACAUCAUGCUUUCAGCCAAGGAGAAGGCCAAGGGUCCAAAGGACAGCAUGACACUCCUGCCGUGUUUCUACUUUGUGGAGCUCCCCAUUGUUGCCUCCUCCAUUGUGACCCUUUACUUUCUGGAGCUGACCGACCUCUUCAAGCCAGCCAAGGUGGGCUUCCAAUGCUACGACCGGACCUUGUCCAUGCCCUACGUGGAAACCAGUGAAGAGCUCAUCCCAUUGCUCAUGCUCUUAAGCUUGGCCUUUGCUGCCCCAGCUGCUUCUAUCAUGGUCGGGGAAGGCAUCGUAUACUGUCUCCAGUCCAAGCUGAAAAGCCGCACUAACGCGGAGGGCAGCAUCAAUGCUGGAGGCUGCAACUUCAACUCUUUCCUGCGCCGGACUGUCCGCUUUGUUGGUGUCCAUGUGUUUGGCCUGUGCGCCACAGCCCUGGUCACCGAUAUCAUCCAGUUGGCCACAGGCUACCAUGCCCCCUUCUUCUUGACGGUAUGCAAGCCCAAUUAUACCUUGCUCGGCAUUUCCUGUGACGCCAACCCUUACAUCACCCAGGACAUCUGUUCCGGCCAGGAUGCCCAUGCCAUCCUCUCUGCCAGGAAGACCUUCCCAUCCCAGCACGCCACCCUUUCGGCUUUUGCAGCUGUCUAUGUAUCGAUGUACUUUAACUCCAUCAUCUCAGAUAGCACCAAGCUGCUCAAACCUAUCCUGGUCUUUGCCUUUGCCAUUGCUGCUGGGGUCUGUGGCCUUACCCAGAUCACCCAGCACCGAAGCCACCCCAGUGACGUCUACAGUGGCUUCCUCAUCGGCGCCGGCAUCGCUGCCUAUCUGGCCUGCCACGCUGUGGGUAACUUCCAGGCCCCUCUGGAGAAGCCCCCGGCCCCCCCACCGGCCAAGGACGCCCUGCGGGCCCUGACCCAGAGAGGCCAUGACUCUGUCUACCACCAGAACAAAUCAGUCAGCACCGAUGAGCUGACUCCCCAGACGCGAUUAGAGGGGGUGCCCCGCCCUGUGCCCCGGGAGAAGACGUCUCUGGGCAGCCUCAAGCGAGCCAGCGUAGACGUGGAUCUCCUGGCCCCUCGGAGCCCCAUGGGCAAAGAGAACAUGGUAACCUUCAGCAACACCCUGCCUCGGGUCAACACCCCUUCCCUGGACGACCCUGCCCGGCGCCACAUGACCAUCCACGUGCCCCUGGAUGCCUCCCGUUCCAAGCAGCUCAUCACCGAAUGGAAGCAGAAGUCGCUGGAGGGGGGCCGGGCCCUGGCUCUGGCUGAGGAGGUUGGACCGGGACAUCUCCGGGGGGCUGCUGAGCCCAUGGCUGAGGAAGAGGAGGAAGAGGAGGAGGAGGAAGAGGAGGAAGAGGAGGAGGAGGAAGAGGGCGGCCCCAUCCCACCCUCCCUGUACCCUACCGUCCAGGCGCGGGCAGGGGCUGAGAGGGCAGGGCUGGGGCCCCGGGUGCUCCUGCCGCCACGAGCGGGCGCGCCCCCGCUAGUGCACAUCCCCGAGGAGACUCAGGCCACGGCCAGUAGCCCCGCAAGCGCCAGCCUCUCCCCCAAGAGCAGCUCGGCCGUGCGCGCCAAGUGGCUCAUGAUGGCCGAGAAGGGGGGAGCCUCUGUCCCAGCGCCUCCACGCGUGGCCAACCCGCCCCGGCUCCUGCAGGUCAUCGCCAUGUCCAAGGCGCCCGGCAUGGGCCCCGGGGGUCCGCCGGGCCCGAAGGCAGCGGAAACAGCUUCGUCCUCGAGCGCCAGCUCCGACUCCUCCCAGUACCGCUCCCCCUCCGAGCGGGACAGCGGCAGCAUCGUCACCAUCGAUGCCCACGCCCCCCACCACCCCGUGGUGCACCUCUCCUCCGGCAACGGGCCGUGGGAGUGGAAGGCAGCCGCCGGGGCCAAAGGGGCCGAGCUUGGGGCCGAUCCCUAUGAGCUGGGGGAGCUGGCGGGCCGCGAUUACCGCGGUGGGGGCAGCUUCCGGGCCAGCAAGGCCCCGGGGGUGUCCCCCGGAUCUUCCAUCAGCGACAUGGACCAGGAUGAGCCGCCGCGUUUCCCCGGCGUGGCCACCGUCAACCUGGCCACGGGCGAGGGCAUGCCUACCCCCGGGGAAGGGGUGCUGGGGCCGGCCAGCAGGGAGUCCACGCUCCGGCGCAAGCCCGGCAGCCUGACGCUGUCCGAAAGGGACGGCCACGGGGAGGCCGAGGCCGAGAGUUACUACAAGAAGAUCCCGGCUGGCCGCCGCUUUAAGGACUAGGAGCCCGCCCUGGCGGGCUAAUCCCGGCUCUCCCCGGCCCGGGGAGACGCUGUCUCUCGGUGCUUAGGGCACGGUGCCAGCAUUCGUGCUGUGGGCAGACCUGUUGCCCAGGGGACCGGAGGUGGCAAGGAUGGGGCAGGGGAUGGAGAGGGCUGGGGAGGGAAAUUUGCUUCCAACACUGGCCUCCCUAGCUCUUGGGGCCUUUAGGCAUGGGGGGAAGGGGUGAUACCAAACCCCCUUUUGGGGUGGGCAUGGGCACAGUGGACUGUAUCAAAGGGAUAACUGUAAAUAGGAAAUGGCGGGGAGGGGAGGAAGGGGGAGGGUGGAGUAGGAACUUGGGGCCCUACUCCUGGGGUAGCAUGGGUGUGGGUGGGUGAGGGAACACGGGGCUAGAAGGCAGAGUCCAGCAUUGAUUGUAAGAUACUAUACAAUACAGGGUUUGUUGAAAAAUAAAGAUUUACAAACACCAGAUUCUGUGUCCUGAGAAAUUUCCCUUCCCAUUCUCCAUCCUGGCUCUGGGAUGCUGGAGGUAGAGACCUUGGGGGUCUUCUACUCAUUCCCAACAUUGGUCAGAUGGAUAGCACCUUUCCUCAGCCUCAUUUAUUUGAAGGACACAACUUUCUCUAUCAGUGUCACAGAAAGGGGACUGAUCUCCCAAAUCCCCUCUAAUAAAAGGCAAAAAAUCAGCUUCACAAAUACAGAAUGGGGAAAUGUAGCUAGACAAUAGUUCAUUU